UCCAAUAGAGAGAAGAUUUUGUUAGGUUAUGUUUAUCGUUAUAUUGCAAUGAAUUGAUUACACAUUUUUCCACUGUUAUUAAACCAAAUAAAAAAAUCAUGAGAUACGCUCAACUGGUAAUAGGCCCUGCCGGCAGCGGAAAAUCGACCUACUGCAGCGCCCUAGCCCAGCACGGGGUCGACGCAAAGAGGAACAUCGAAGUCGUAAAUUUAGACCCGGCAGCCGAAUAUUUCGAUUACACGCCAAUAGCCGACAUAAGGGAGUUGAUACACGUACAAGACACGAUGGAGGACGAAGAGCUCCAUUUCGGCCCCAACGGCGGCUUGAUAUUUUGCAUCGAGUACCUUUUAGAGAACUCCGACUGGCUGCACGACAAAUUGGGAGACCAAGAGGACGAUUACAUACUGUUCGAUUGCCCCGGUCAGAUCGAGCUGUACACCCAUUUGACGGCAAUGAAGAAGCUGGUGAAGCAUCUGCAGGAUUGGAAUUUCAGCAUAUGUUCGGUUUUCCUGGUGGACGUUCAGUUUAUAACGGACGGUGCGAAAUUUAUAUCAGGCACAAUGGCUGCUCUGAGUGUGAUGAUUAAUCUAGAGAUACCCCAUGUUAACCUUUUGUCUAAAAUGGAUUUGCUGAGCAAAGGUGCUAAGAAGAGAUUGGAUUCCUUUUUGGAGCCGGAUUCUCAUUUUAUUUUAGGCGACGUUGAGCUUUGCGGCAAUACUGCGUUUAAUUUGAAGCAUCGGAAGCUUACUGAAGCUAUCGGGAAACUUAUCGAAGACUAUUCUUUAGUUAGAUUUAUUCCAUUGAAUCUCAAAUCAUUAGAAAGUAUCAGUGAUGUUUUGUUAACUAUAGACAAUGUUAUACAAUUCGGAGAAGAUCAAGAUGUAAGGAGUAAAGAUUUUGAAGAACAGGAUGAAAACGAAGAUAAAUGAAUUAUCUUUUACUAGUGUUAUUUAAAACAUACAAUAUUUAGUUAGGA